AUGAACACGACAGUGCAGUCUCCGGCCACGGCGGACAACGAUCAGGCCAUGCCCGGCGCGAUGGAUCGCGUCUUCGAUCUACCCACAGAGCUCGUAAACCACUUCUUCGAGGGCUUUGUGAUUCCAGACAUGCACAUCAUGGUGCGACGCAAGAGAACCUUCACGAAUUGGGCCGACCAGUACUACGUCGAGCUCCUGAAUCCAGAAGAGUGGAGAGACUUUCUCCACCUCGCCGCGACGAACACCGACAUGAGGAUCCGUUGCAAGCAGGCGUUCAAGGAUGCACAAAAGGUCAAAUCUAUCAGCGUCGUCAUGGACAUGUCCCGCCACGCCAUCGAUCCGAGACGCCGCGUUCCGAACUCGCUGCUUGGGACCGAAGCUCCGAUGUGGUUGCUUCGCAUGAUGAAGAGACUGACAGUCCUUUGUCCUUACGUGAUCCAGAGCACUCCCACUAUGGAUGGGAAGGACACAGAGAUCGUCACGAAGCAAAUCCGCAGCACGUAUCAGCUCUACCCACCCUUCACCGCCGGUGCUCCACAACCUGGCCAGAACGACACAAUCCUGUCCGUCGACUGGUUGACCCUCCACUACGAGGCAGCUCCCGACAGCGGCUUCGCUUUCGCGACCGCUGCAUCCGACAACAUCGAAUACGCCCUCCGUCACGCACGCGUCGCUCAGCGUUCCAUCCCGACUCCUUACCUGCCCGUCGUCACCCCCAAGGGCCUCUACGACUUGGGCCUCUUGUUCACUGAAUUUGCUGGAACAUGUGCUGUGGCGAAAGAGGCGUUGGAACAAGACAGGGUUCGAUUCCGUAUCGGAGACCAUGAGAUGAAUGUCGAGUGGCAGCGGUGGGUGGAAGCUGUUGAGGAGGAGGAGAUGGAGCGCUCUGAUUCUGAAGAUGAGGAGGAUGGCGAGGAGGAGUCUGGUGAUCAGGACGAUGAGGGCAAGAAGCCAGCAGGAGACACCGUCGAUGGAAAGGAGACUUCUCGCGAAGGAGACGAUCUGACCGGCGAGGAAAAUAUCGAGAAGCACCAGUCCGGCGAGGAAGGACCGUCAGAGGAUGGUGGAGAGGCAGGAGCGAAUGUCGUCCAGCAAGUUGAAAUGGCGGGAGAAGACACCGAGAUGCCCGACAGCGCCUUCGACGCAGCCGAGCAGUCCAGUGCAGGGCAGACGGCCGAUAUCGACAGCGAGGCAUACACCUCCUCCGACGAUGAGAGCGAUGUUGACUGA